GUGGAGGAAGAGCGGGGAGCAGCCUCUGCACCUGCUCGUUUCCUGGGGCAUUGUUUCCUGGGGGACGCAGGGCACAGAACCAGGGUGGAUGAAAGACCUGGUAUGCUGCCAGGCAGCCGAAUGACACCUCAGGGACCUUCCAUGGGACCCCCUGGCUAUGGGGGAAACCCCUCCGUCCGACCUGGCCUGGCCCAGUCAGGGAUGGACCAGUCCCGAAAGAGACCUGCGCCUCAGCAGAUCCAGCAGGUCCAGCAGCAGGCGGUCCAAAAUCGAAACCACAAUGCAAAGAAAAAGAAGAUGGCUGACAAAAUUCUACCUCAAAGGAUUCGUGAACUGGUACCAGAAUCCCAGGCCUAUAUGGACCUCUUGGCAUUUGAAAGGAAACUGGACCAGACUAUCAUGAGGAAACGGCUAGAUAUCCAGGAAGCCUUAAAACGUCCCAUCAAGCAAAAACGAAAGCUGCGAAUUUUCAUUUCUAACACUUUCAAUCCGGCCAAGUCAGAUGCCGAGGAUGGGGAAGGGACGGUGGCUUCCUGGGAGCUUCGGGUAGAAGGACGGCUCUUGGAGGAUUCUGCCUUGUCCAAAUACGAUGCCACCAAACAAAAGAGGAAGUUCUCUUCCUUUUUUAAGUCCUUGGUGAUUGAACUGGAUAAAGAUCUGUAUGGUCCAGACAACCAUCUGGUAGAAUGGCACAGGACCGCCACUACCCAGGAGACAGAUGGCUUCCAGGUGAAGCGGCCAGGAGAUGUGAACGUACGGUGUACUGUCCUGCUGAUGCUGGAUUACCAGCCUCCCCAGUUUAAAUUAGACCCUCGCCUAGCCCGGCUCUUGGGUAUCCAUACUCAGACCCGUCCAGUGAUCAUCCAAGCACUGUGGCAAUAUAUUAAGACACAUAAGCUCCAGGACCCUCAUGAGCGGGAGUUUGUCAUCUGUGACAAGUACCUCCAGCAGAUCUUUGAGUCUCAGCGUAUGAAGUUUUCAGAGAUCCCGCAACGGCUCCACGCCUUGCUCAUGCCACCGGAACCCAUCAUCAUUAACCAUGUCAUCAGUGUUGACCCGAAUGAUCAGAAAAAGACGGCUUGUUAUGACAUCGAUGUGGAAGUGGAUGAUACCUUGAAGACUCAGAUGAAUUCUUUUCUGCUUUCUACUGCCAGCCAGCAGGAGAUUGCUACUCUGGACAACAAGAUCCAUGAGACAAUAGAAACCAUCAAUCAGCUGAAGACCCAGCGGGAGUUCAUGCUGAGCUUUGCCAGAGACCCUCAGGGUUUCAUCAACGACUGGCUUCAGUCUCAGUGCCGUGACCUCAAGACCAUGACAGAUGUGGUGGGUAACCCCGAGGAAGAGCGCCGAGCUGAGUUCUACUUCCAGCCUUGGGCUCAGGAGGCCGUGUGCCGAUACUUCUACUCCAAGGUGCAGCAGAGACGACAAGAAUUAGAACAAGCCCUGGGAAUCCGAAACACAUAGGGCCUCUCCCACAGCCCUGAUUUGGCUGCGUCGUUUCUUUAUUGGGGCCCGGGCUGCGUGCCUCCCAGCACCUGCCUUGGUCUUGCUUGGGGCCUUUCAGGGGAUGCUGUUCGUUGAAGGACAACUCCGGAAUGAAGAGGGUCUCACAUUUCUGUCACCCUCUCCCCCAUCCCGUCCCUUCUUGCCCCCAGCUUCCCUUUGCCCACAGAGCCCCUGUGCCUCUCCCUCCCUGGGCUGCAUGGGCCUCUAGAUAGUGGUAGAGAGAACCUGUAGUGGUGAUCCGUGCUCAGAAUGGAUUGGGCCUGAGGCCAAGUGGUCUUCAGGGGCCAGCUACACUGAUCGGGCCCGCUGAGACCCAGAAGUUGGGAGUUUAGCCCCUUUCAGGCCCGGGGGCUCUCUAUAAGCUAACUGACCUUGGCUCGCCUGAUGACAGAACCCACUUUCCUUCCUUCCCUCCACAGGUUUGGAGCACGCUCCCUCACUUGUUGCCCUCAGCACUAAAGGAUCCCUGGUGCUUGGGCACCACUGAGCCCAGGUCAUUCGCAGCCCUGACUGGCCCGCUGUCUCAGUGCUCUUACUCCCUGAUAGGGGCCACAUCAGUAUUGGAGUUUGUUCUGUGUUGCUCCCUCCCAGCACGCUCUAUAGCUGCUCUUCUUAGGAUUCCCUCCGGUCUGUUCUCACCCUGGGCAUUUGGGUGGGGGAAUCUAGCCUUUCCUUGUCUGAGCCCCAGGGAUCUAACCUGGGGUACCAUUGUUGCCAGUGGAGGCUGUUUCUUUCUGCUAUUGCUUGGAGGUAUGACUCAUUCAUUCGCUCCACCCUGUCUCCCCCACCUCUUCAUGGAGAAACAGGCCUAAAAUCAAACGGGUAAAAGCCCUGGGCCAGCCCUGUCUUCCUGUCCCUUGCCUGCCCAGUUAUCACCCACCGGUGACUUCUAGGGCACUGAGGAGUGAAAGCGCCUAGGGCUGGAGUGUAGCUCUGAGUUGGGUUUGUGAUUCUUCCUCUCCUUGCCUCACAGGAUUGUGACUCCCUAGCCCCUGCCCUCAAAGCUUCAGACCCCUCAGGUAGCAGCAGAACCUUGGGAUCUGGGCCCCUUGCAAGGGAGAUGGUUUUGCAUCUUGCCAGGAGAGCCUCAGAUCCUUCCAGGUUAUGUCACCCCCGAGUUAGCAUAUCCCAGGCUCGCAGACUCAACACAGCAGGGUGGGAGACAGCUGGGUGCAGAGUGGGGUUUCCGUUCAGCAUGGGCUCUAAACCCACAGAACUGACAAUGCCCCUGCUUCCCCACCCCUCCUCAGGCUCCUGCGAGCACAUCCCCAGCCCUGUAUCCCUCCCUGUUCCAGACUGGGGCUGGCAGAUUUCUCCCCAUCUCCCCCUUCCUGUCACUGCCCCUCCCCUCCCUGAAAGCUUCUCCCCGCAGUGACACUGGGCAGCCUCUGUCCAUGGGGCUGGAGCCAUGAGAAGGGAGCUUAGCACUCCUGCAGUGUCCUGUUGAAGAUAACUGUUUUUAUUAACUGAAUUUUUUUUUUCAUGGACCAAAUUUUUUUUGUACUGUCCCCUUAUCUAUGUCACCCAGUUUUAAUAAAAGAAUCUUCUGAAGGAUGGGUCCCCCAUGACAGGGGGAGCGCUCUUCCCUGGCUUUCUCCUCUGAUCCCUUCGGCCGUGCUCACAGUCCUCAUUUCAUGUGGCAGAUAUUUAGUGAGCAUUGUGGUGUGUCAGUGUGGUGCCAGGUGCAGUUCUCACUUCAGAGCUGUUCAGUCAACCCCACUUGUCUGUCAACAUGGUGGACCUGGUCCGUGUUGCUGGCAUCUUGGAAUCUCGUCCCCAGCUCCGGUGAGGAGGGUAUUAGGAAGGAAGCCAGCGGCACUGCCAUCUCUGCUGUCAUCCUGAGCACUGCAGGCAAUGUGCUGCCUUGGGGCACGGGCUUCCUGUGCUGGGUUCCACCUCUCCUGGGCUCCCGUCUAGACGUUGGCUAGGGCUUGCGUGACUAAAGACAUCUUUGUUCUCUGUGCCUGCCAUUCUUCUAAGGUUCCAAUUUCAGUGCCCUCAGAUUUUUGUUCUUAAGAACAGAGUGGACAUGCUGUUAGACACUGAAUGCACAACCCCUAGUUGGCAGGGUUUGCGUUCCCAUUGGCAGGAGCAUGACGUUCUGCAGUUUACAUUGUGCCGUGCUGCGUCCCACUCGGUGGCUCGGUCCUGUCCUGUGAGCUGGCUUGGUUCUCCUCCAGAGGGGGCUCAGGACACAGGGCUUCCACAUGCUGAAGUUGGAGUUUGACACUUGGCCUUUUGCCUCCAUGGAUGAGACAGGUGCCGCCUGGGUAGUCAAGCACUUCAAGGAUAUGAGCACUCCAGUGUGGAACUCGGAGGCUGAACGGAGAAAAAAGCCAUCUCAACAAGAGGACAUUGAAAUGGCAUCUGCUUUUCCUGAGGUUGACUUCAUGCAUAAUGAAUAGAGGCUGCUGAACCUCUAUUAAGUUCAAGCAAAUCUACAGUUGGCUCUUGGGAAAGGGCUCCUGGUGGCACAGAUAACCUGUGACUAGCCAACCCUGCCGGGGCCUGCACACUGCUCCUGUGACAUGAGUAAAUUCUUUGUCUCCACACUAAUUGUAGGUGCAAAGUGGGGUGGACAUAUUUAGGGGGAAAGUAGAGGGUUAUUUUAUGUAAAUUCAUUUAUACUUUAGGGUUGCCAUAUGCCCCAGGGACAGAGGCGUCCUUUCUGUCCCCUCACCUCAAUGCUCCCCACUGGCUGCCUGACGCUGGUGCCUGUCUCAGUGCCAGUCAUCUGUGGGGCUGGCUUUGUCGUGCAGCUUUCUUAAGCGUAACUACUGAUUCCAUGUGUGUUGCUCUGUGGGGUCUCCCUCGGAGAGGGAUGGGCUUUUCCUGAACAAUCCCUAGAACUUAGAAAACCAGUUCUCAGUCUCGACCUUCCGCCCACUUAACCCUUACCCAGUGGUUGCAUACAGACUCCCUUCUGGCCCAGUGCUUAUCACUAGUAUGGGUCAGCAGUGGCCCAGGGGAAUAGAAACACCCACUUAGUCCCCAGCCAAGCCAGGAGGUCAGUGUGUGUACACAGCAUUGCCUGUGCUCUGGGCCAAGGUGCACAGACAGCGAGAAUGCUAGGGAGCUCUUGCCUCACUUUCCAGUCUAGAAACCAGGUCCCCCCACACCCCCCUUAGUCAAACAUGGCUGUGGGCAGUGUGGAGCUGCUGAAUGUGGGCCUUCCACUCCUCCCUACUCAGUCGCCUCAGACCACGAAGUUCCCCAAAGGUCACAGCUGCCUUGA